GGCAGCUGCCCAGUUUGCUGCCUAGCGGCCUGCCUGCUGGCUGUGGACGAGAAGUCCCCGCACCGGCCGCUGCCCGCCAGGCUCUGGGAUGGGGCUGCCGCGCUGGCUGCCUCUGUUCGCGCAGCUGGUGGUGCUGCAGCUGCCAGGGACCUGGGCCGAGGACACCAUCAGGGUCUUCGUGGUGCCCCACAGCCACAUGGACGUGGGCUGGCUCUACACGGUCCAGGAGAACAUGCAGAUCUACGCCGCCAGUGUGUACACCUCGGUGGUGCGGGAGCUGACCCUCAAGGAGCACCGGCGCUUCAUCGCCGUGGAGCAGGAGUACUUCCGGCUGUGGUGGGACCAGUUCGCCUCGAGGACCCAGAAGCUCCAGGUCCGGGAGCUGCUGGCCCACGGACGCCUGGAGUUUGUGAGCGGAGGCCAGGUCAUGCACGACGAGGCGGUGACGCACUUUGAUGACCAGAUCCUGCAGCUCACAGAAGGACACGGCUUCCUCUAUGAAACGUUCGGGAUCCGGCCACAGUUCUCCUGGCAGGUCGACUCGUUUGGCGCCUCUGCCACGACGCCCACCCUGUUUGCCCUGGCGGGGUUCAAUGCCCAUGUCAUCUCCCGGAUCGACUAUGAGAUAAAGGAGGCCUUGAUGCAUGCGCAGGAGAUGCAGUUCGUGUGGCGAGGGUCCCAGUCCCUGGCGGAGCAGCAGGAGAUCUUCACGCACGUCCUGGACUUUUACGGCUACUGCUCGGUAGGGUAUUCCUGGGAAGGCGAGGCCCUGUUGCUAACACAAUUCCAGAACGAGGAACACAACAACCUGAAUGACCCCGUCACUGUGAGCAACAUCGGAAUGUACGUGGAGAGGUUUGUGUUGGACGUGAAGUCGAGGGCCAGUUUGUAUCGGACCCCGCACAUCCUCUGGCCCUGGGGGUGUGACAGGACGUUCUUCAACGCCGGCGUGCAGUUUGCCAACAUGGACCUCCUGCUGCACUUCCUCAACACUCAGGCCUCCCAGCUGGGCAUCACGGUGGAGUACGCCACGCUGGGCGCCUACUUCCGCGCCGUGCAUGCCCACAAUGCCACCUGGCGCACACAUGGCCACCAGGACUUCCUGCCCUACUCCUCAGAGGAGUCGCAGGUGUGGACCGGCUUCUACACCUCCCGCGGCCCGCUCAAGGGGCUGGCGAGCUGGGCCGUCUCCGAGGUGCAGCACCACGAUGGCAUCACCGGGACGGAGGCCGUCAAGGUGAGGGACAUGUUUGUGCGGCACCUGACAGCAGGGAUGCAGGCCGUGCUCCGGCUGGUGGCCGCCAUCGCGCUGGACCGGCCCCGAGACUCCCCAGGCUCAGAGCCCAAGGGACACUCUGCCGCGGUCUACAACCCCCUGGCCUGGACGGUCACCACUUUGAUCAACCUGACCGUGAGCUUCCCCUCCGUCACGGUCACAGACGAGUCAGGCCACCCGGUCAAGGCCCAGGUCCAGAGUUCGAAGGAGAUCCCACAUAAAUAUGACUUGUAUGUGCUGACCACAAUCCCGGGCCUCAGCUACCGGUACUACAGCAUCAGGCCCACCGAGCAGGCCCCGGAGGGCAAACAGGCAACAACCGCCACCAUGGCUUUCACCUCCAAGCUUGACCGCAAGCCAAGAAAACCGAGCACCAGGCCCUGGGGCAAGAAACUGGUGUCCGUGAAGAAUGACUGCUACACUGUCUUCCUAGACCCGGACACCAACCUGAUGCAUAGCAUCUGGGAGAGACAGAGUAACCGGACGGUCAGCGUGACCCAGGAGUUCCUGGAGUACACCGUCAGCGGCGACAAGAAUGACGCCCCCGUCUCUGACAACUACGUGUUUCUGCCUAAAGGGCCUGCGGACCCCGCGUGGGAGGCGGUGAGAGUGGAGAUGGUGCGCGGGCGCCUCCUGACGGAGAUCCGGCAGUACUUCUACAGGACGUUGGAGGCCAAAGAGCACACCUACGCCAUCUACUCCCGCCUGGCGCACGUGCCGCUGGGCUUCGACCGGGAGCUGCUCUGCCACCACCUGGAGCAGGAGCUGCGUGUGGGCCCCCUGCAGGUGAACCGCGAGGCCGUCCUGAGGACCAGCACCGACCUGCAGAGCCUGCGGGUCCUGCACUCGGACAGCAACGCCUUCCAGAUGCAGCGCAGGCUCCACCGGGACUACCCGGCCCACACCAUCUCCCGGAAUUACUACCCCAUGGUGCAGUCGGCCUACAUCGAGGACAGCAGGACCAGGCUGGUGCUGCUCUCUGAGCAGGCGCACGGCGUCUCCAGCCAGGGUGACGGAGAGGUGGAGGUCCUGCUUCACCGGCGGCUGUGGAACAACUUGGACUUGUCCCAGAUUUUCAACGUCACCCUGAAAGACUCCUCCAUUGUCCGCCCGGUGUUCUGGCUCCUGCUGGGACCCCUGUCCCUGACCACUCGCCUGCGCCCGCAGAGUGGGCUGGCCCUGCAGCACAGGCCCGUGGUGGUGCUGGGAAGGCUGACUGAGGCCGACUCAGAGCGCCCUGCGGCCCGGCAGCCAGAGGCCGUGACGCUGCCCCCAAGCCUUCACCUGCAGACCCUGAGCAUCCCCGGCUGGACCUACAGCUCCAACCACACACAGCACCUGCAGAAGCUCCAGAAAGGCUUCCCAAGGAAGGCCAAGCCCGACCUUCACCGGGUCCUGCUGCGGCUCCACCACCUGUAUGAGGUCCGGGAGCACCAGGUCCUGUCUCAGCCGGUGACCGUGGACCUGAAGGCCGUGCUGCGGGGGCUGGGCACACUGGUGGCCGUGGAGGAGCGCUCACUCACAGGGACCUGGAGUGUGAACUCGCUGCGGCGCUGGAGGUGGAGGACACGCAACAAAGGUUUGGGAGCCCCUGGUUUGGGUGCCGCCCGGCUGCCCCGCACUGCCCCUUCAGGCUGUGUGACCUUGAGCAGGCGGCUCGCCCUCUCUGAUUCUGCAGCCGCCCUGAGCCUACCAUAGCAGUUAGGAGAGGCUUUGGGCCAGUGCCUGCCUGCCAGGGCUCCACACAGGUGUGUGCGUGUGCGUGUGUGAGUGCGUGUGCGUAUGUGUGAGUGCGUGUGAGUGCGGGCCAUGCCGCCUGUCCGUGCCCUGGGUGAGACCCACACUCGCUGGCAGCCCCCAGGGUCUGAGUGCCAGGCUGUGCCUUGCUCUGCACACACCACUGUGGCCCCGCCGACCACAGGCUGCUUCCCGCCGCCCAGGCUUUGCUCACGCUGUUC